CUGUAGUUGUGUCAGGAGCAGUUCCUGAGUUUAAACCCAAGCAAUGGACCUUCUGAUGAGAACUUCACAACUGCUUUAAAGUACAAGGACUUUGACUUCUACAUUCUGCCUCUGACGUCAAGCCUUUACUCUGAGAAGGCAUGGCUGAAGCACACACAACUGUGAUCAUCCUUUCAUUGUGUUUCAUAUGCCUACUUUUGCUGCUGUUCUUCUCGUACAAGAAGUUGAACAGGGAGGCCGAGGGAGAAUACACCGUGCGCCGCCUGGUGUAUAAGGACGGAGGGGUCAGGGACCGGGCGAGAGCCGCGUCGUUGGCCCUGGGCACACGUCUCGGGGUGCGGCUGUGGCCCCGAAGCGACACUGAUGAGGAUGGAGAGGAGAUGGAGGAGGUCGAAGAUGAGGAGGCUCGGUUGGAGGAGAGCGGUAGCCAGCUGAGUGAGAGCGAGGGAGACGACCGGGACGACGACGACGAGGAGGAGGAGCAGAGUAGCGCGGCAAAGGAAGAGGAAGGCGGCGGACAUCGCAGCUCAAGCUCCGAGAGUUCGGAGGCCGGGGAGCGAGACGGGAUAGCGGAUCAGGGGGGAGCAGCAGGCGAGACGGGGGAGAAAGUGGGAGGUGGGGAAUUCAAAGGUGAGGCAAGUGGGGGCGCCGGAGUCUUGAUAGAUCUGAAGAAGUUCUCUGGAAGUGCCAUCUGGUCUGAGGAAGAGGGAGGUGGGUGCAUGCUCAGUGAUGUGACUGCACUGUGAGAACAGAAUAACAUGAAAUAUCAAAUGCAAGGGCGGCUUCGGAAGUAGCAGCCUACUCAGGUCUUGAGUCCAAGUGUCCUUCUUUAGAUGUUAAAGGUCUAAAUGAUGUUCCACACUUCCGUAAAAAAAAAAAAAAGUGUUUGAUGGAUGGAGACAGUUUUGAUAUGCAGGAGAACAAUGUAUUGCAAUUUGAAUGUGUAUAAGUCUUUACCUGUAAAACUUUUCAAAUCAACUCAUUUGUUUUCUGUAACUUUAAAUGUCCCAUUUACAUGACAAUAAAAACUGACUGUGCUUGUA